ACCAGCCUCUCAUCGAAUGUUCAAACGUCCUCCAGCACUUCUCUCCUUUGUUAUCUGGCACUUAAUUUAUCUAUAUAACCUGCUAAAACUCCCUUCUUAAAUCAACUCAUCCCAAUUCUGUAUUGGAACCGGAGAAGGCGGCCAUGUUGACCACGUCCGCCAUCAUAUCCGGAAUGAAGCAACUGCUUCCCCAAGAGGCACCAGGCCCUCAGAAGAUUCUAAAGGCCUUAACCAGUUCUCUAGGGGCCUUACCUCUUGCAGGACUUGAUUGGCAGUCUCGAGGCCCUGAACAUGGACUAUCAUCAUGCUCAAAUCCGGAACUAAGUUGCCAGGCAAAAUACAGCGGCCAAGAUACCUGCUGCUUCAACUAUCCAGGCGGGCAAAUGCUCUUGACUCAAUUCUGGGACGCCGAUCCUGCUAUUGGUCCUGAUGACUCGUGGACUAUCCAUGGACUCUGGCCGGAUCACUGUGAUGGCGGAUUUGACCAGUACUGUGACUCGAAGAGAAAAUACAGCAACAUAUCACUUAUUCUCAUUGAUGUUGGUCGAGGAGACCUUCUCGACUAUAUGACUGCGUACUGGAAGGACUUUCGGGGCGAUGACCCGGACCUGUGGGAACACGAGUGGAAUAAGCACGGUACCUGCAUUAGUACACUGGAGACUAAAUGCUAUAUGGAUUACUAUCCUCAGCAGGAAGUAGUAGACUAUUUUGACAAGACUGUGGAGAUAUUCCAGAAACUCCCUUCCUAUCAAACCCUCGCCAAUGCCGGCAUUGUGCCUUCUUAUACGCAGACUUACUCUCUUGAUGACAUCAAGGAAGCGUUGAAAAAAGCUCACGGAGCCGAGGUUACCGUUCGAUGCCACUACCAUUCAUUGAAUGAGAUAUGGUACCAUUUCAACGUAGCCGGAAGCCUGCAGGCUGGAAAAUUCAUCCCAUCGACUCCAGACGGCCUCAAAUCUAAUUGCCCUGCAAGGGGCAUCCGCUACCUACCCAAACGACCAUCUGAUCACAAGCCCACCAAGGCGACCACCACGCCCGCUCCGACGGGAACCGACAUCCCAUUCACAGGAAGGGGCCACCUGCAGGUCUCAGAAGAGAACCGUAAACGUGGUUGUAUCAUCAGUCGUGGCGCAUGGUUCUCUUCAGGGACAUGUGCCGUGUUCAAGACCCGAGCUGUCUCUGAGGGCACAUUCACCCUACACUCCAGCAAGGGCCCUUGCACAUUCGAACGAGACGUCUUCGGCUGCGGCCCACACAUCACCACCCCAGAUCUGUUCACGGUAAAUCUACUAGAUCUACCCCCGUCUUCCCCCCUUUUUUUUCUUGUAAACCCGAAACUUAUAUUUUUCCUCAACUUAAACUAGUUCCAAGACGGCCUCCUGCAAUACCGCGGUAACACGACAUUCUUCGCAGACAAGGCUCCAAAGGGGUACGCCAAGAGCAAAGUCUUCGCUACGCAAGAGGAUCAUCCGAUCGAAAUCAGUAUGUCUUGGCAUGCGAUUUAAGUCUCGGGGUUAUCUCUCUUGGUUCCAUCGCCCCCCGGUCUUUGUGGGUUACAAUGUAUAUGUGUGGGUCUACAACCUCUCGGAGUCAGGCUAUACCAGAAAUUACAAAUAUGUAUUGGAAUUGGGUAAUUUGAUGUUUUUUUCACUUAGAUUAUGGAGCUUCCGGAAAGCGUUACGUUAAUUGAAAAACCUAAAUUCAAGAGACGGGAGUCAUAAUCAUUU